UAAACAUGCCGAAACAACUCAAAACACAUUUCAAACCGCGUGUGUUGUUCAUAUUCUUGAGCGCAGCCCGUCAUAUAUUUUCGACUGACUUCUGUUUCCGAUAAUUGAACUUUUUUUUCGAAAGUUGCUUUCAAAAUGAAGAUAAAAACUGUGCCUGGGAAGCCUAAAGCCAACGGCAAGAAAGUUAAAGCUAAAAUAAAUAGGCAAAAAACAAAAGCAACCAAGAAACGAAAAAUUGAAGAUUUGGAUGCAUCCUCCGAAGAUGAAGGAAUCCACCUGAAGGAAACAAGAACCUCAGAUGAGCCGAUCCCGAAAAAGAGUAAAUGGAUCAACCGGCAGCGUGUGCUUGUUCUCUGUGCUCGAGGAAUCAAUCACCGCGAUCGAUAUCUGAUGAAGGACUUGAAAACGCUCAUGCCUCACCAUCGUUCCGAACCUAAAAUGGAACGCUGGAAAACACUAUCGGUGGUCAAUGAAAUGAGUGUAAUGAAACAUUGCAGCAAGGUUGUGCUGUUUGAAGGGCGCCGCAAACGGGAUCUGUAUCUGUGGUUGUCAAAUGUGGACAAGGGCCCAUCGGUAAAAUUUCUGGUGGAGAACAUAAACACGAUGGGUGAAAUGAAGCUUACCGGAAAUUGCUUACGGGGAUCACGUCCCGUCUUAUCGUUUGAUCAGGAGUUUACGAAGCAUCCGCAUUUGGCCGUUAUUAAGGAGCUAUUGACGCAGGUUUUCGGUGUCCCUAAUCACCACCCAAAAAGUCAACCAUUUGUCGAUCGGGUGAUUAGUUUCACUUAUCUGGACCACCGCAUCUGGUAUCGCCACUAUCAGAUUUUGUCGGAGGAUGGCGGCUUAUCCGAGGUGGGACCACGAUUCGUGAUGAAUCCCAUAAAAAUCUUCGAAGGGUCGUUCAGUGGGGACGCAAUUUGGGAAAAUCCAAUGUACCAGAGUCCAGCGAAACAUCGGCAGAUGUUGAAGAAUGCCGCCAAGGAUAAAUAUCUGAACAGGCAGAAACAGAAAGUCAACCAGGAAGUUAAUGCUCCCAAGGUGACGCAUGAUUUCGACAAGCUGGCGGAUGUGUUCCAGGGUAAUGAGGAAGAGAAAGCAAAGGAACUUCUCGCGAAGGAAGAACAAGAAAAGGCUGAGGAGGAAGAGAGAAGAGCUAUCGACGAGCAGCAUCAGCGCAUGAAGAAAAAGGAACAGAUUAAAAAGUUGAAGAAAUUGGCUCAAGCUAAGAAGACUAUCAAGAAAAUUGAUAAAGGAAAGAAGACGCUAAAGGUAAAAGCGAAAAAAAAUAAAAAUAAAGUAAACAUGGAUGAUAGUGAAUAGAAUACGUAUAUUCGACGUUAGAGUAUUGUUAUAAGAAACGCAUUUGGAGUAAAAUAAAAACUGAAAAAUUCAAGACAAA